UAAAUGAGAAAGACGGAUUGAAUGAGAGAGGUUGAGUGAUUCAAGGUCAUUUAACACUAGCUUUAAUUAAAAGAGAAACUAUUUCUUAUUUUCAAAUUUUAAAUUCUAUACAAAAUUUUAACCCUAAAUUAAAAUUUCAUUGAAGGCAGAUUAUUAGAUAUGACUCCACAAAAAAAUCAAAAACUUUACUAAAAGGAUAUUGUGAUCCGGAUCAAAUUGAUUACCCUACAAGAAAAUUGAAAAGGCUUCUAAACGAAAAACUGAAGGCAUUCAACUGCUAAAGUUCCAAGUGGCUGGGACUUGAAUAAUUUUUUACGGAUAUUUGUAAAAUAUCACUAUAAAUUACAAUUGGCGAGCUGUUUAGCAUGGACGGUGACCAGUGCGAGGAGGGAUAUGGCCACCACCUGCUUGACAAUAUUCUUUUAUGUUGGUACCUUUGAUCUAUCGAAAAUGAUAGUCAGAGCAGCAAUAAAGCUUCAUCAAAUAGCCUUCAACUUUUCUUUAUGUCGUUCAAUCUCUUCACUCGAACGAUCAAUCAAAGCUGCAAUUGAAACCGAGUCCUAUCAAGAAAUCCCUGACCUACUAAUUUCCUCAAAAAUUCAAUCUUUACACAACCCAAAUCCUUUUUCCUUCUUGUCUACCUUCCCUUUGAAUCAAAGAACGCAUAUAAUUGAUAAAAUCUUACAAUCUUUUAUCACUAUAAGACCUCACUCUCGCCUCAAGCUUGUCUAUUCUUGUCUGCUUUCUCAUACCCUUCAAAGUCCCAAUCCUCUACCUCUUGCUCUAGCAAUUCUCCAGCGUGGUUUUCGAUCUGGGUUUAUGCCUGAACCACAAAUUCGUCUUUUUUUAACUUCUGCUUGGCUUAAUACAAGAGUGCAACUUCAUACUGUUGCUGGGAUUCUGUUGGAAAUGGAGUCUAUUGGGUAUUAUCCUGAUUGCGGCAUCUGCAAUUAUAUUAUUUAUUCUCUUUGUUCUGUUGAUCAGUUACCUGAGGCAGUUAAAGUUCUGAAGGGUAUGAGUGGUGCAGGUUGUGUUCCUGAUUUGGAAUGUUACGAUACUGUUAUUGGCUCAAUGAGUAAAGCAAGAAAAACUGUUGAUGCAGUUGAGAUAAUGAAGGAAAUGGUAGUGAAAGUUGGACUGAAUCCAAGGCAGGGGACUAUGAUGAAAUUAGCAGCUGCUUUGCGAGCGAAUAGAGAGAUAUUGAUAGCAGUUGAGCUAAUUGAGUUCUUGGAGAGAGAGGGUUGUGUUGUGGGAUUUGGAUGUUAUCAGCUUGUUCUCGAGGGAUGCUUAGAACGUAAAGAGUAUAUUCUGGCUGCAAAAGUUGUGAUGAGGAUGACAGAUAAAGGGUUUAUACCUUAUAUCAAGGUCAGACAAAAGGUGGUUGAGGGGCUGAUUGAUGCUGAUGCAUGGAAUAUUGCUUGUACUGUGAGGCAAAGAUUUGCAGAAUUGAGUUCGUAGUUUCUUCCAUAUAUAUGUAUGUAUUUUAAGUGGACUAGAGGGUGUUGAAGUUGAUACGCACAAAUUCAUGGUUUUACGGAUGUAUAGAAGGUGUGAACCCCAGAAAUGAGGGGAUCGACAGACCACAUAAACCAUUUCCUGUGAAUACUGAAACUGUGUAUGAUGGUAAAACAACAGCAAUCCCAUGCUUGAUUUUAGUAUUGCUUUUUUCUAUAUGUUUAUGUAACAAGAAAUAAUUAUACAGGCCCAUAACUUGUUUAUAUGUACCUCUCCAUGUGGAACUCCCUAUUUUCUGAGAAAGACAGUGAAUCCUACUCAAUAAUUUAUUCUCGAGGUAUACACUAGCAAUGAGUUCAUGA